GCGCGAUGCCCUCUUCCUCGGGAUUGGUCGGCAGCACGACCACAACCGCUACAUGAAGUCCGUCAAGGUGAUCUUUGAUGAGGACGGGCUGAAAACCAUCUCGCCGCCUGAGAAGGACAAGGACCACAUCAGGGAGAACAUUCUGGAGCUGCGCAAGACUCUGCAUCGGUUCGCCUACCAGCACAAGACGGUGAAGAAGUUGGAGCAGCACAUGAUCGACAUUUUGAUGCUUUUCAACAAGCAUGCCACCGUGACUGGAACCAACAACCGCCGAAUGAGCAUCGCCGAAGCUGCCCUUGAAGUCGACCUCGUGGCAUACCCGAAGCUCACGGACAUGCUGGUGGAGACCAGGCUGCUGGAAGCAGAGGAAGAAGGCCUCAAAGAAGCCUGCCAGUUGUAUCAGAAGACCUUCAUCCAGAGGAAGCUGAUGAGAAACGUCCUGAUCUGGUGGCUACCUCCUGCAGAGGAAGUGGCACAGCGCCUUCCCACCACGCAGCAGUUCCUUCGUGAGAUGUGGGAGCUUUACGACCAAUCCGGCCCAUCAAGGCCAUCCAAAGACUUUGCCAGAGACGAAGUGCGAUGCGUAGAUGCGAAGCUCCACUACGGCAUGAAGCAGGUGGACCCGAUCAAGAAGAUUGUCUUCCACGACAAGCAAGGUCAGCCACGCCUUUUUGAGGAUCAUGACGCGAACCCCCUGCGUCAGAAGUUUUUUGUGCUCUGGAGCCCCCCCGACGAGUUGGAGCAAACGGACGUGCCGCAAAGGCUGUCCAUGGCAGCCAUGGGUGUGGCAUCGACGUACACUACGGAGCCUGAGACCACGCCCGUCUCUCCGCUUCGGCGCAAGAGCAGGUCCGGUGACCUCGAGGCGUCGCCGCCGCCUUCCACACCCAAGGUCCGGCUUCGGCAGAAGAGGCAGCUGCAGGUGGAGUCCUCCUAUCCUGUGAACACGGAGAUCUUCGAGAGGAAGCCGGCUUGA